AUACGCACGCCACGGCUAUUCUGUUUCAGUUGAAUUUGAGCAAUCGAAGCGUAAGCAUCUACUGACAGUCUCACUUUACUUUGGAAACGUCAACGUUGAGCAUACGAAAGCAAUUAUGUCUCUCGUACCACUGUUAUUUUCUGAUUGGUGGCAAGACCUGGAGCGCCCACAUCGGCUCCUGGACCAGGACUUCGGUCUAGGUUUGACAGCCAACCAACUCGUUCGCCCAAGCAUGCUCGAGCAGUACUUGAUGCCCUACGAAAAAAGACCACAUCCUUUGUCCACGUAUUAUCGUCCCUGGGCUGAGCUGAUGCGGCAAGUUGAAGGAGGCGGUACUUCCACGGUGAAAGCUGAUAAGGAUAAGUUCGAAGUGAUACUGGAUGUGGCCCAUUUCAAACCAGAGGAGGUGACCGUCAAAGUCGUCGACAAGUACAUCGUUGUUGAAGGAAAACAUGAAGAAAAGAAAGAUGAGCAUGGCACAAUUUCAAGACACUUCAUUCGAAAGUACAUGGUCCCAGAACAGUGCAACAUCGACUCGGUUACCUCCAGUCUUUCAUCUGAUGGAGUACUUUCCAUCACGGCUCCACGCAAAGAACAACCAAAAGUGACCAAUGAAAAAGUUAUUUCAGUGCAGCACACCGGAAAACCAGCGAUUCGUGAAUCCGAAAAGAAGUCCACAGAAAAGUGUGAUUCAAAAAAAUGUGAAAAGAAAAAGUAAAUUUACUAAAGUAUUUUUUUUUUAAGUUAUUAGAUUUCGUACUUUAAACUGAAUAAUAGUCAUGAAUUUCGGCCUUACUUUCAUAAUUAUUAAGUUAUCCCAUUAAACUUAAGUGUUUUCAAGACUGUACGAAAAUUUAUUUGUAAGUUUGUUUUUUGUAAUAAAACAAAAGUGUUCGUUGAUCGACAAA